AUGGCGCCAAAACCGCUCCAGCGAAUGGCGAAGCGCUGCGGCCGGGCGAAGAAAGGCAGAAAGGAUGGUCAGAUCAUAUGGCUCUUGGCCUUGCCACAAGACAGUGUGUUGACCAAGUCCAAGCCAUAUGUCCAAGUUCCAGCAAUCCUGCGAACGGAUCGCCAAACCCGUCACGAAGCGUUCAGCAUAUGGUUCACGAGCUGGCGCAUCAAGAUCGAUGUCGUCGAUUGCGACAGUGCUUUCAGCAUGAUUAGUACAACAUGCUACAGCGUGCUGUUCGACCACGCUUAUCAGUCUGGUCUUGUCUCCCACAAGGACGCACACCUGAUUACACCCCCAGAGAUUGUCUUCAGAGGAUCGCCAGAGUGGGGAAACUUCUUUCGAUUCCUUGCCGAGCUGCACGAGAACGACUACGACAGAGCACAAGCCGGUGCUGAUCCUGGUCGAGGGAACGGCGAGAUCAUAGAUAGUGCUAUGUGCAUAGUCGCUAGGAUGCGUAAGAGGCCUUGGAAUGAGGUCGAGGAGGUGCUAGAAAUGUUUCAUCGUGCUAUUGCAGCCAAGGAUGCGGCGUGGGUAUGA